AGUAGACGUGCAAAUUCUCAGCUGAUCGGUAACGGUGGUACGGUGUGAAUACAAAUAACGAUCUUUUUUUACAACAAAAACAAAACAAAAUAAAUGAUCGUAUUAAGUUAUUUCGUGAAUCUACACAACAAAUUCCAUAAAAAAUAUGAAUAAAUAUUAAAACAAAAGUGCUAAAAACAAACUAAUCUCUGAAACCAAGAAAAAAAAAAUACCGCAAUAAAAAAAAUUCUAAGAAUUUAAAGAAUUUCAAAACAACAACAAAAAAACUAAUUUAUUUAAACAAAAAUUAAAAAUUAUCAAAGAAAAAAAAUUAACAACUACGUAAAUGUACGCUUUCGAUCACCUGCUCUAUUAACAACUUUAACAUUAACGUCAUACCACAGUUAAAGACGUACCUUUUUUGGGGAGAAAAAAUAAGAAGAAGAAUUUCAACGACUUUUUUUUUUGCUGAGUCUAUGCAACACACUACACUUAUACACAACAAGUGUAUAUGUUUAUUUUAUUUACAACCAAUACAUAAGCAAUUAAAAACUACCAAUAUUUCAACACAAACUAGUUGAGACUUCUUCCAGCGUAAUAUGGUGUUUUAUAUAUCGAUUUUUGGUAGAAAUAUAGAGCCGCCGGAUAAAAUUUUAAAUACAGAAAAAAGUAUUGCCUGUAUACAGGAUGAGCUCGGUCACCUAGGACUCGGUGGUCCCACAGAUCUACCCUACAAGCCCGAAAUCACACACCAGCAUCAACACCAGCCACACACAAACGUCGUAGUCGACUGUAGUGAUAGUAGUGCUGAAAAUACCUGCCAACACAGAUGGCCACCUAACAGUGGCACUUUUGGACAUCCCGAUAAACCUAUCGGUUGGAUGUAUGGCCUGCUGGGUUGUAUGAAACCAGUGCUAUCGUUCAUAGGCAAAGCAGGUGUUAUAGAAAUAAAAAAUCAAAAAGCCGAAGAUUGGGAAAUACCCUUUGAACAUAUAACCGAUUUAGAGUGGUUGGGUAGUGGAGCACAAGGAGCGGUAUUUAGUGGUAAAUUGAAAAAUGAAAUAGUGGCCGUCAAGAAAGUGAAAGAUGUCAAAGAGACGGAUAUCAAGCAUUUAAGAAAAUUAGAUCAUGAGAAUAUAAUAAAAUUUAAAGGUGUUUGCACACAAUCGCCAGUAUUUUGUAUUAUUAUGGAAUUUUGUCCUUAUGGUCCAUUACAAAAUAUACUCAAGGAAGAGGAAGUUAUGUUGCCGUCCCGCCUAGUUUCCUGGUCGAAACAAAUAGCAUUGGGUAUGCAAUAUCUACAUUCUCACAAAAUAAUACAUCGAGAUUUAAAGAGCCCUAACAUUCUUAUAAGUACAAAUGAAAUUGUUAAAAUAAGUGAUUUUGGCACCAGCCGUGAAUGGAAUGAGAUUAGUACGAAAAUGAGUUUUGCCGGCACGGUGGCCUGGAUGGCCCCCGAAGUCAUACGCAAUGAGCCGUGCUCAGAGAAGGUGGAUAUCUGGUCGUAUGGUGUAGUGCUUUGGGAAAUGCUAACCUGUGAAAUACCCUACAAAGAUGUUGAUUCAUCGGCCAUUAUUUGGGGUGUGGGCAAUAAUUCCCUAAAGCUGCCCAUACCCUCCAGUUGCCCCGAUGGCUUUAAGCUGCUGGUAAAACUGUGCUGGAAUACCAAACCCCGUAACCGUCCUUCGUUUAGACAAAUUUUAUCGCAUUUAGAAAUAGCCGGCCCUGAAUUGUUGCGCAAAACCGAAAAGCAAUAUUUCGAAACGCAACGUUCGUGGAAGGAAGAAGUAAGAUCCCAUAUGAAAGAGAUGACCCAAAAUGGUACCAGUAUUCAUAAGUUUGAACAGGAUCUGAUAAGAAGACGUACGGCCGAAUGGCGACAUGCUCAGGAUAUACGCAUGGUGUACGAGGAUAAGUUGGAGAAGACAAAUCGUUUGUAUUUGGAGUUAAGCGAGUGUAUGUCACAAUUACAGGAAAAGGAGAAGGAAAUUGCCGAGCGUGAGAAGAAAUUACCCGGUUAUAAGCCCUCUCGACGUUUUGGCACUACUUUACGUAAAAUGCAGUAUUAUCGAAGAAGACUCAAUGGCCCUCCCAUGAUGAUAACGGCCUCCACAUCAACACACCAGCAGCAGCAACAGCAGACGCAACAACAGUCUUCAGCCACACCAGAUCCUGAGACCACACCAGAGAGUCCCGUCAAAUGUACCCUCUAUGCUCAAUUAGAUUCAUCUUCAUCUCAACCCAAAUCGUAUUGCGUCUCAACACAGAAAUCUAAAAAAUCCAGACAUCGAAGAGUGGGUUCGGGAACAUUUGCUGCCACGCCCAAAUACAGUCCCUGUCGCGAUAGGCGCUAUCAAAGUGAACCGGAAAAUCGUAAAGUAAAACUAGUUGAUACCGAAACUCAAACCGAUGCCAUGGAUGUUAGUGAAACGGAUAUAAGUCCAAGUGCUGGUUGUCCAUCACGUGACAUAUCGAUGCUAUUGGAUCAUCAUCACUGCCCACAACUAUUAGAACAACCACAACUUGUAACAUCACAACCCCUAGAUGUAACACAACAGACUGUACAACAACGAAACAGCCGACAACAACAGCAGCAGCAGGUUGUGGCUGAACCACAAACGGCCCAACAAUUGCAACAAUUAAUGGAACAACGACUGCAUAAUCAAAUGCAAUAUAGUACAUCGCCCAUGACAAUGACGCCCACAAGUCCCAAUGGCAAUUCAUUGACCACCAGCGAUCUAACAUUUCAAGAUGCCUGCUCUAGUCCCGAUCAGUUGUUGGAUGAUGUUAUGAAUAGUAAUGAACGUUUGGACAUAACCGAUUGCUGUAGUGACAAUGAAAAUCUCGAACGGCUGGGCCGUAAAGUCAUAGAACUCAUCAAUGAGAAUCGUUUGUCCAUGCAUUCGACAACUGCAGCAAACAAUAGCAAUAGCAAUAGCAUUACCAGCCAUACAAACAACACCACCUCGGCGUCCAACAAUCAACCUUGUUCGAACACCACCACAAAUCAUGGCACCUUGGCUAGUCCCGAAAAUGGUAAUUCAGAGUGUUUGGUAGGACGUGAUACUACGGAUGAGACCGUCGACUUACGUACUCCUCGUUUGUCGCGUUGUUCUAGUCUUCAUAGGAGUUCUUUACGCCAACAAGUGAAUACAGUUGCUGUUGGAGUUGGCAGCGAUGUGGUGGGUAAUGUUUUAAAUGCCAACGCUGUGGAUUCGAAUGAGGAUAUUUGUGAGGAUAGUUGGUCCGAUGAGGAGGGCGAGGAUACCGAUUAUAAUUAUUCUUUGAGAAGACGAAGUAUCGGUCGUCUACCCAUUGGACGAGGCAUGCGAGCUCGGCGUUGCUAUAAAACUCCCCUAACCCAAAAAGUCUCAAUACAAAAACGUAAUACAAUCAUUAUAUCAGACGAAGAAAAUACUUCCGAAUAUAGUCAUUCACCAUCGAGUCAACAUUCAACGCUCGAAAGUAAUCCCGAUAUGCCAGAAGCCUUACAGAAAAUGAAAAUAGCAGCUAAUACAAAUGUAACAGGCAAUCAUCAACAUACCAGCUCCAAAUUAUCGACAACAACGACGACGACCACAACCUCCAACUCGAGUGAUUCGGAAUCUUGUGAUUCUAGUGAAGCGGAAUCGGGUGAAGAUGAAUCAUAUGAUUUGCCAACGGUAUCAUCAGCCACCACUACCACUAAUACAACAGCAACAACCAUACAACAAAGGCAGCCCUCGUUUCACAAGAAAAAAUCAUCACAUCAACAGCAACAUCCUCAUCAUCAUCAGUCACAGCUAGUAAGAGAUUCUAAUAAUGCUUCCUUUAAACAAAAACAUUUAGUAAAUAGUGCAAAACAACGCCAACAACAAAAAGCGAUAUUAUUUCAAUACCCACUUAUGACAAAGAUGGGGCUAUAAAUAUGGUUUAGGUCCAAUGAAAUUAAAAAAAAAAAAGAAUUUUAGUUUUAUCUAAAAUUUAAUUUAAUAAUACUUAUAUAUACAUAUAUAUAUAUUGCCAUGAUGUUUGUUUUACAAACAUACCACCACCAACACUCCCUCACACACAAAAUACACUUAAAGAAAAAUUACUUACAAAUAUGAAAACAGAAAAGAAAUUACUUAAGUAUAUUAUAUUGAUAUACUCAAAAACAAUUAUGAAAAAAUACAACAAAUAAUUAGUAAAUUAAUUUAUUUAAUUAAUUAAUGUUAUUAUAUUAUAUUCUAUAUGUUAACUACUUUAUAAAUUAUGCACAUUCCCCCCUUCCACCCCCCUCAAACCACAACAAUUCACUCAUCAUAAGUAAUGGAAAAAAUAAUUGAAAUUUUAAGUGUUACAUACAGUAAAAAGGGCGCAGAGUUUCCCUCUAAGGAGAGAGUCCUCUAAAGGGAAAAGGAGCCUAUUGUUUAAAGCGUAUUAAGAGGAUUUAGCUGUUGUUUGGAUCAUAACAUUCCAAAAUUUAUGUUAUUAGAUAUUCCCUUUAAUAUAUUAAAAAGUUGUAACUUUUGACUAAUGACUCGGCUGUAGCUCUGUCACUUCGAAGAGCAGGUAUAGAGCAGAUUGACUUGAAAACUCAUUUCUGCUCAAUAUUGAAUAGAGAUCCGAGAUCCUCCUUAUAAUAUAAUUGGUUUCCAAAACUUGAACACUAGACGCUUUGGAAUAGAGAUCCGUGAUCAUCGAUACAAUACAUAGUUUCAAUAUACAACUCCUAGAGUUCUCUGUUGAGUUUCUCAGCUUAGGAGGCAUCUAACUAAAUCUGGUGGCUUUGAUUAGUUUCCGUCAUAGCCAGAUUGCUCUUUAAAGAUCUUAAUAAUAUGGAAAACGAACACUUAUUACAAAUUAAUCAAAGAGUAGAGAUUGAUUUUAAGUUUUAACGUUAACCCCUGAGUACUCAGUAGACGUUCUCCAGUUUUUUCCUAGAGUAGAAUCAAAUCUGCAAAUGCAGCGAUAGCUCGCCGAGCUAUAAUGUGAACCCUAUACGGAAUCUCAACCUAAAACAAGCACUGCAUGUAUAAAAAUAAUAAAACCAGUAUCUAUUGAGGUGCCAGAAUGUGUGACUCUCUUAAGGAUCCUUAAGCUCUUAAGGAUUGUAAGAUAGAUAUCAUCUUAUUUGUAGGAACAUUGCGAGGCUUGGUUAACUGAAAAGCAGUUCAAUCAGAAAAUUUCUAAGAACGAUCCUUUAGAGCCACCAGAAAGCAAGGAACAUUUUAGUCAUACAGUCUGCCAAUUAUUUGAGUGUCAGGUCCACACUAUGGUAACUCUAGCUCCAGUUUUUUUUAGAGCCACCAAAGUGUCUAGAUCCCAUCAGAAAUCUCAACCUGAACGAUGCACAACUUUCCUUUGAGAGUUCACUUCUAGUUCAGUUCUAAAUCCGUUCUAGUUCAGUUCUAGUUGAGUUCUAGUUCAGUUC